GGCAUGAUUUCCUCAGUGCUGAGACAGUGCUUCUGAGUCACUGGUUACUAAGAAAAGCGUUUUCAUUUGGAGAAAAGCAGAAAAGAAGGCUGAAAGUUUUCUCUGGAUUUGUUGGUCUCAACUGAAGUGGAACUUGACUAUUACUUAAAAGGAACAAAUGAUUUCUGCUUAUAGGAGAACAGUGAGUGACAUGGUGGAGAAGAUGAAAUCCUCACUGAGCAGAGUACUACCAACUUUCUGUAUCCUAUCAGGGAUUGGUGUAUUACGGAGGUUCAUUUACUCAUGGAAGAACAAACCUGUGCAUCAGUUUUCCCCUUCAGAUUAUGACAAACUGAGGACUGAAUUAGAACUUGUGAAACGACAACGCUACAAAGUUGAUGUCACCCUGAAUGCUGACACGGCUCAUCCCAGACUGGAAGUGUCUGAAGAUGAGAAGAGCAUGAAUGAUACCGGUGUGAUCAGACAGGUGCCCAGCAAGGAGGAGAGAUUUGAUUGUCACAUUUUUGUGUUGGCAAAGGAUGGAUACACAUCUGGGAGACAAUACUGGGAAGUGGAUGUUGGAAAGAGAAGAAACUGGAUGUUGGGUGUUGCUUCUGAGUCUGUGGCUCGUAAAGGGACCGUGACUGUAUCCCCAAAGAAUGGCUUUUGGGUCAUAGGGUUAGCAGAUGGGCAAGAGUAUUGGGCCCACACGGAUCCUUGGACUCGUUUGACAGUGAGUGGUAGACCACAGAAGAUUGGGAUCUUCCUGGACAUCUCUGCCAACAAGCUCUCAUUUUACAAUGUCAAAAAGAAAUUGGCUUUGUACACUUUUACCAAUCUUGGUGAUAGCAGACUGCAAAGGAAAUUUGUUCCCUUCUUCUCAACAGGUUCUGGUGUUUCAGUGCUUGACACUGAGCCAUUGAAAAUCGUGCAGGGGUUUGAUGAUGACUGGUUGUAUGACUAAAACACAGAGGUGAGACCAGACUGUAGUCAAAAAAAGCCCCUGAUUUUGUAUUUUUCCAAGAGAAACUGUCUACGCAUCCCAUUACUUUCAUGAGAUUGAAAGUAAAUAUUUCAGUAACUGUUUCCCUUUAUUUUAGAAAGCAUUCCAACAAUCCUGAGAGGGUACAUUUAGAAAGAAUAUAAAGAAGGAAUUCCUCACUGCGAUCAUAGAGAGUCAGUGGAAGACAAUACCCUGAAUAGCUGUGACUGCUCUAUCGACAGAAUUGCUCUAAGUGAGGUUUGAUAGGGUUUGAGCAACCUGCUCUAGAGGGGAGACGUCCAUUUCCAUGGCACAAAGGUUAGACAAGAUGAUCUGUAAGGGUCUCUUCCUAAUCAAAUUAUUCUAAGCAGGUAAAACUGUAAUAACAAGUAGAGCGUGGUGUGAAGGAAGAUCAUGAGAAGCAAUUUGUGGCAGAUUUUUUUGGCAGAAGCCCAGCAGCAGGCAUGGGAAAGUUAGGAGACAAAGAUAUUAUGCCACGCACACGAAAUAUAUUCUUUUGUAAUAUUGGAAGUUCAUGUUAACAUCUAUUAGAAUUUGAAUGAAUGCAAGUAUGGUAAUGUUACCGUAUAACUUUAUGUAAUCACAGUUUAAAUAGCAAUAAAUGAUCUCUUUUUCGCAGA